CCCUGGAUGUCCAGGGGAUCGUGGGAAGAAGAUGGAGGUCGGUACCUGCAGGAGAAGAUGCCUGGAGACCCCGAUCGUUGCUGGAGACUGCUGGAUCCUGGGUCAGGGAUCUCACCAUGGGGAAUGAAGUGAGCAACUCGGAGGUUGAAGAAGAGCAAGAAGGACCUGUGAAGAAAAGUAAUCCUGAGUUUGCUGUUGAGGCGCAGAAUGGAUCCGUCAUCCUACAAAGCUCACCGGCACUAAGCUCUGCUCCUGAAACCAACUAUGUGAGCUCCAAACAAGUGAUCCAGCAGGAAAACAUGAUCACUUCUUCCCAGAAAACCAUAGUCUUCAGUCCUAUCUCCAAUGGAUCUGUCACCACUCCACCUCCCCCGGCUGCCAAGUCUAAGUUCAGACUAACUAUCUCACGCCCUUCCCCCGGACGCACCAGUUUCCAGCCCAAUGGUAAAGGAGAUGUUGGCCCUAUGAAACAAGAGAUAACAUUACAAGAGUCCCCCGUAGUCCAAACCCAACUGAUGACACCCAUAGGCCCAGACACCGUGGUGGUGAAGGAAAAUGGAGGUGGCAUUCAGAAUCAGGCUCCUCCCUCAGUGCAGUUGGCUGAAGACGAGGAGCCUUCCACAAAACCCAAAGAAGACGAGGAGCCUCCGGCAAAACCCAAAGAAGUUAGUUUUUUCCAAAAGAUAUUCAAACCAGAGAAAAAGCCAAGUGUGCAAAAUGAGGUGACAAUAAACGAACCGGUGGUCAUUGAUGUGGAUCAAACCGCGGCGCUACAGAGUUCUCCACCGAGCGAUGAUCUCCAGUCACAGAGCGUAGAUGAUUACGACCAGGCAACGAGUGCACAGGAGCAGAGCAGCGCAUCUGAAGACACACAGAACACUCCACCUGCCGAGCUGCACCCAGUCAUGAGCUUCUUCAAGACCCUGGUCACACCCAACAAGUCUGUAACAAAAUCUGAAGAGGAAGUGAAGACUGAGGGUGAGGACAAGAAAAAAGAAAAUGGAGGUUUUAGAAAAAAAUCUUCAAAAAAGGAAAAACACAAGAGUUCUGUGCAACAAACCUCCGAGACAGAGGCCAAAAACCUGAAGAAGUCGGAGAGCCCCAAGUCUGGGACACUUAGCAGAUUGUUUAAGCAGAAGGCAAAAAAAGAUGAGCAGCAGACAAGUGGUGGGAAAGUCGUUCUAGAACAGUCUGUUGUGUCUGUGUCUGUAAACUCAGAGAAGUCCCCCCCAGACCAGGUAACAAUCCUGGACCCUAAAACUUCUGAUGUCCCAAAACAGAUCAUAGCCUCAGAAGAAGAAGGCAAAGCUGCUAAAGAGUCCGCGGUGUCCCGACCAAAGUUAUUCUGGAGGAAGUCUUUCAAGGGAGAACCACAACCCAAUAAAGUCCAGGAGAAUGGUGUGGAGGAGCAGGCCACACAACCUGUGUCUGUAAACACAACCCCAGAGCAAAUUGUAGUCCCGGACACUAAACCCCCCGACUCAAAUGCUCAACCACAAGAGAACGAGAAACCCGUGAUGGAGCCAUCUUCUCGCUCUGUUCCUUUCUGGAGAAAGUCUUUUAAAGGAGAUCCCCAACCUCGUAAAAAUCAAGACAAUGUUGUGGUAGAGCAGCCCGUUGUGUCUAUAUCUGUGAACUCAGAGAAGUCGUCCCCAGAACAGGCUCUCACACCAGACACAAAACCUCCAGACUCUGAUACCCAACAACCUGAGAGUGAGAAACCCCCAAAAGAAGCCCCUACCCGACCACUGCCAUUCUGGAAGAAGUCUUUUAAAGCAGACCCUCCACCACAAAAAGUCCCAGAGAAUGUUGUGGUAGAGCCGCCCGUUGUGUCUGUGUCUGUGAACUCAGAGAAGUCGUCCCCAGAGCAGGUUCUAACACAAGACACAAAAGCCCCAGACUCUGAUACCCAACAACCUGAGAGCGGGAGACCCCAAAAAGAAGCCUCCGCCCGUCCACUGCCGUUCUGGAGGAAGUCUUUUAAAGGAGACCCACAAACUCUUAAAGCCCAGGAGAAUCCUGCACCAGAGGAACCGCAGAACAUUGAACUAACACUGACUAGCUCAUCCGAACCAGAACCCCAGAGCAGCAAGUCCAACACUGGGGACAAAGGAGCCACUCCAGGGAGCAAAUCUCCAGAGAACAAGAAGCAAGAAGACGCAAAGGCCACCAAACCCAAAAUCAUGAUGUUCUUCAAACAGCUGUCAGUGCUGGGUGAUGGAAGUAAUAUCAGCCCAGAGGAGAGUACCGAAAAAAGCAGCCAGGAGCCUACUCUAGACAUCACAGAUGGGGUGGAGGUCAGUAAAAAUGAGAAAACAGUGGUCACAGCUGUAGUGGAACCUCCUCCACCCCCACCACUGAAAGGAAAAGACGCCAUGAAGGAGAAGAAAGCUUCAGCAGAGAAACUUAACAAGCAGGAGAGUCGAGAGAGCGCAGAGGCAGCCGUGUCCGUACAGCUCCAAGCUCCAGACCCAGUGCAAGUGGAUGAUAAAGCAUCUAGAGACGGACAGCUGAAGAGGACAGAGAAGAGGCAAUCUUUGGGCAACUUCUUUAAAACCAUUGGGAUGAAGCGCAUGUGUGAUGCUGAGGUGCAGACAGACCCUGUCACCAUCUUACCCGCAGAGAAGACUAAAUGACUAUUUGCCAAACUAAGGAGGAGCUGGCUGUGGCAAGAUGAGGGUGGACAUCGCUAAUGUAUAUUUCAGCUGUAAUCUGUACAGAGAUAUUUCAGCACAUUUCUCAGUGACACAAUGAAGGAAAACACAAGUUUGUGACAACCCCCCACCAGUCCCCAGGGUUUUCUAUAUUAUUCACAUCUAGCCAGUUCUUUAUCUUCCUUAUGGUUGUUUAGUAUUGUAGCAGAAAGUAAUAAACUUACAGAAGGAGUGAGAAAGUGUGAACAGGAUGACCCCAAGUGAAGGCUACAGUAUCACAAUGCAGUAGACUAUCCCACAACACCACAGCUUGCAGUCACCCAUGUGCCUUCAGCUGAUAAAGGGAAGUGUAAAACAAUAUAACAUGUACACUAUGUAACAGGAUGAUGCAAAAAUGGCAACAAUUUGCAAGCCCAAUUUAAAGGGAAAUUCCACCUAAACGUGCCAGGAGAUACUAUUAGGGUAGGUUCACACGUGCGGAUUUUCGCAGCGUAUUUCUCUGCAGAUCCGCCACUGAAGGCCCCCCUACAUGCUGCCUUUAUAUGUGCCUGCUCGGAGCUGCAAUACGCUGCUCCGAGCAGACACACUGCGGUGUGCAAGUCGCCGCGCGCAUGCGCAGUCUACUUGCACAUCGCGGCCGCUCCCGGCCUAGCUCAUUGAGCAGGGGGAGCGGCCGUGAUGUGUGCGAGUACACCGCACAUGCGCGGCGACUCGCACAUCGCAGUGUGUCUGCUCGGAGCAGGCACAGUUAAGGGCACCAUACAGAGGUCCUUCAACGGUGGAUCUGCAGCGUAAAAUAUGCUGUAAAUCCGCACGUGUGAACGUACCCUAAGUAGGGAUCAAGAUCUUUUACCAGUCCCAAAAAUAAAGCAUUCAGCAUUCAUGGAGCCCAAAACAUGUCCGAAGCCCAUGAGCACUGCGCUAAGAUGUCCAGUGUAAGGUGCACCCUUCAACCCUGUCACUUUUUAGCAAGCACUGUCCCCUUAAUGGAGAAAUCCAGGAGGUUCUGCAUGUUAUCCCGGGUCAUUUGUGAAAGCAUUAGAAUGUUGAGAGUUAUAUUGAUGUUAUAAUAUCAGAAGAAUUUUACAUAUAUAUGACGUGAUUCUUUUUAAGCUUAUGAUAGUUCUAUACAAACCAACUGUAGGGGGCGACACUGCCACAAACUAAAUGACUGUAAGAUAACUGACUCCACUUGUCUCUGUAAAGUGAAUUGAUGAUUGCGGUUGUGUGAUUAGCUAAUGAACACUAACGCUUGGGUCCGAUAAUCACUGCCGGUGACACUAUAACCAUACAUGUAUGUUCCUAUGUGCCUGGCUUCUUCUACAUGUAAUAUUUGGUCCCUGGUUCUUUCUAUUUUUUAUUAUUUUAUUUUUUUUCAGUAAUAAAGUUUCUUUUGGUGUACAGAGAUGAAUAAAUUCCAUGUAUCCCUAA